UAAUACAGAAAAGUAGAGUAUAAAAAUGAAAAUAAAUGCAUUUUCCCAGACCUAGUCUCAGUUUUUAUACGCAUAAAAAUAUUUCAUAUUAUUACAGUCUGUGACCGUCAGUUGCUUUCUUUACAUCUUUUUGUAUGAAGCGCCGACCGCGCCACGUCACAAUCACCUACCGAACUCGCGUGAGUCCUCCCACCGCCCACGCGUGACAUCCGAAAGAAAAAAAAAUGAAAUAAAUAACGUUACAUGAGCAAGGUGCAGUUCCGCCAGGAGCCGUGAGUGUGUGUGCGCGCGUGAAUGUGUGUGUGGCGUCUGUCUGAAACGUGAACCGCUUGCGUUAGACAUUCAAAACGGGGGAAAUAUCAGCACCACCAUCCUCACCAUCUUCAUCAUCCUCCUUCUGUUCCGCGCGGAAAACCUGUGCGCGCGCCAGCUAAAUUAAAUUAGAGUGGUGAAAUUAUUUGUGCGAGCUGCCUAUGAAGGGGAGGAAGGUGUGACACAGACACUACAGAGUGUGUGUUGUGGUUUGCAUUAGUGUUAAUGCUCUUACUUACUACUCUCUUAAUAAUCAGCCGUGCAAAACUGGAGCAUACAUGUCGUGAUCCGAGAAAAGCAUCGGGUUAUUCUUAUGGAUUAACAUAUGAUCUGAAUUCAACCCAGGUCGAACCGCUCCUCUCUCCUCCCCUCUCCGUUUUUUCUCCUCCUCUUCCUUCCCUAUGCUCAGUUCGGUGUGUGUCUCCUCAUUCAAAGGGCGCAAGGGUGGGAACAAGUCGUCCAACAAAGCAUGUUACAGCGCCGACAUGACUUGCCCGUCGGAAAGCGAGAAAAUCGUCAUCAACUGCGGCGGCGUGAGGCACGAGACGUACCGGAGCACCCUGAAGACGCUGCCCGGGACGCGUCUGUCGUGGCUCACUGAGCCGGACGCCUUCAGCAACUUCGACUACGACCCGAAGUCCGACGAGUUCUUCUUCGACCGGCACCCGUCCGUCUUCUCGUUCAUCCUCAACUACUACCGGACGGGCAAGUUGCACUGCCCCAACGACGUGUGCGGCCCGCUGUUCGAGGAAGAGCUCGCCUUCUGGGGCAUCGACGAGACCGACGUGGAGGCGUGCUGCUGGAUGAACUACCGGCAGCACCGGGACGCGGAGGAGGCGCUGGACAGCUUCGAGACGCCCGAGCCGGAGGUGCCGGAGGACGACCCGGCGCUCGCGGGGGACGGAGACCUGAAGCGGCUCUGCCUGCAGGAGGACGGCAGGAAAGUGGGCUGGUGGCGCGUGUGGCAACCCCGGAUCUGGGCGCUCUUAGAGGACCCCUAUUCGUCCAAAUACGCGCGGUAUGUGGCAUGCGGAUCCCUUCUGUUCAUCCUCAUCUCCAUUUCCACCUUCUGCAUGGAGACGCACGAAGCGUUCAACACCAUCUACAACAAAACGGAGAACGUGACUGAGGGGAACGUGACGAGAGAGGAGAUCGUGUACGAGGUGGUGACGGACAGAUGGCUGAUGUAUGUGGAGGGAAUGUGCGUGAUCUGGUUCACCAUCGAGGUGUUCACGCGCAUUGUCUUCUGUCCCGACAAGGCCGAGUUCUUCAAGAGCAUGCUGAACAUCAUUGACUUUGUGGCGAUCCUGCCUUUCUACCUAGAGGUCAGUCUGAGCGGACUCUCCUCCAAAGCGGCGAAAGACGUGUUGGGCUUCCUGCGAGUGGUGCGCUUCGUCCGAAUCCUGCGCAUCUUCAAGCUGACGCGCCACUUCGUGGGUCUCAGGGUUCUCGGACACACGCUUCGCGCAAGUACUAAUGAGUUCCUCCUGCUCAUCAUCUUCCUCGCUCUCGGCGUCCUCAUCUUCGCCACCAUGAUCUACUACGCCGAGAGGAUAGGAGCCAGUCCGGACGACCCUACGGCGAGCGCGCACACCAACUUCAAGAACAUCCCCAUUGGUUUCUGGUGGGCUGUGGUGACCAUGACCACCUUAGGUUAUGGAGAUAUGUAUCCGGAGACGUGGUCGGGCAUGUUGGUGGGGGCGCUGUGUGCCCUCGCGGGGGUGCUGACUAUUGCCAUGCCCGUGCCCGUCAUUGUUGAAAAUUUCGGCAUGUAUUACUCUCUGGCCAUGGCCAAGCAGAAGCUGCCCAAAAAGAAGAACAAACACAUCCCGCGAGCCCCGCAACCCGGCUCACCCAAUUACUGCAAGCCGGAUGCCCUCGCCAUGGCGACGGCCUCACCCCAGAGGAUCCUGGGUAACGUGCUGGGCGGCGUGCUGGGCUCGAGCGGGAUGGCGGGGGACUGUCCUUUAGCUCAGGAGGAGAUCAUAGAGAUUAACAGAGGUGAGAGACUGAAGGGAGCUGUAGCCAGCGCCGCUCUAGCAAACGAGGACUGUCCAACAAUCGAUCAGGUUCUUAGUCCGAACGAGCGCAGCCCGGUGGGCCGAACACAGGAAUGCUACCAGCAGGACAGAGCCUGCUUCCUCCUCAACACGCGAGAGUUUCGACCCACGGAUGGGAAUGUGCGGAAAGCCACGGGUUACGAGAAAUCUCGCAGCCUGAACAACAUAUCAGGAAUGGCGGGGUCGUCCCUGCGUUUGACCCCCAUCACCAGCACGCCCUAUGAUCCUUACGAGGCCCCGGGACCCCUCCGCCUCUGCCGCUCACCCAUUCCCUCCAUUUUGUAGCAGAAAAAGCGGAAAGAGUGACAGAACGACUCAGGAAAGGAGGAG